UUCUCAGAGCUGCUGGAUGGCUUUCUUACUUGGUGUGCAGAGGAGGAAGGAACUGAGGAGUUUGGCAAGUACUUUAAAGAUAGAUAUUCAUGGAGGGCACAUAUGUGGGCAUACAGCUACAGAAUUGGACUUGGCCUUAAUACAAAUAUGUUCUUAGAAGCAAACCAUAAAACUCUUAAAUACUCAUACUUACUGAAGAAAAUAAAUAACAGAGUAGAUAAAUGUAUCCAGGCCCUGUUGCACAGAACGAGGGACUCACUUUUUCAAAGAUUAAUAAGGCUUUGUAAGGGGACAGAGAGAACUGCACGCAGUGCUGAAAUAAGUAAGAGUCACAGAAGAGGUUGUGGUAUCAAUAAGGAACUGAUACACUGUGUUGAAGAUGGCACAUGGCAUGUAUACACCGUUUCUGAUCGGCCCCCAUAUACUGUCACCUAUACAGAGAACUCUUGCACUGCAUGCCCAUUGUCCUGUACUGAGUGCAAGAUCUGUGUGCACAGUUGUGUGUGUUCUUGCACAGACAAUUUGAUCAAGGGUAACCUCUGUGAACACAUUCAUGCAGUGGAAAUCAGCAAAGGAACUGUAAAGCUCCCUAUGCAAGACAGGUUCUGCAGAGAGUCAUCUGUGCAGGAGUUAACACAAAUAGUUGCUCAGCAGACUUCAGGUGCUGGCAGCACUGUUGACUACCGAGCUGCUUUGGAAGACAGGCUGACUAUUGUGCAACAAUUAGCAAGAAGUGCUAACAGUGAAACUGCUGGCUCUCUCCUUGUGUCAUUUGAUAAAUUAAUUAAAGAAAUGAGGGCAGGCAUUGCAUCGCAAAAAGAACUCGUUGGUCCACAUUUUCCAGUAACUUCAGCUCCACCAAAUGAGACAUGCAGGAUUCAGAGACAGUUCCAAUCAGUAAGGAAGACAUGUGAAAAGAAGGAACAUUCAUUUGCAACACCAUCCUGUGCAGAAAUUGAGACGACUAUACAAGACCUCUUGGGAAGUGGAAACAGUAGCUGAGACCAUGUAUAUGCAAAAGACAAGUAAGGAAACCAUCCAGUAGCUCUGAGAUUUUUUUUUUGUGCGCUUGGAUGUGCAGGUUUUUCAGCACAGUGUACACAGUACUCUUCAACAUUGAAUUGCCAUUUAUGUUUUGCGCAUGUCCUCUGACUCCACUUCUGGCCAGCAUGCAAGGCACACAACCUGUGGUCAGUAUAAACCACAACUACACUCUCCUGGAAUUGUAGUAGCUGUCACAAUCACCAAACUGUAUUGAUAAAAGCUUUGAUGAUGAGACUGUCGUCUUGUGUUUGGUGUUUCUAGUAAACUUUUGUAUCUGAUCUAAGAGAAACCUGCAUAGACGACGCUUAGUGUGUGUGUAGUGAGGCAGUAAAUAACGGGAUCUUGCACCUGAUUCAUCCACAGUCAACAGUGGUGUUACACAGCACAUUUGCACUAAUAGGUAUAAUUUCUUCUCAAGAUUGUAGCAUUAGAACACCAUAUGCAAUUAACUCGGGAACAUUUGCUCUUUCAGCUGUAGGCUACCAAGAGAGAGAUUGUGCUUUGUGCAUGCUAUAUAGAACUUUACACUAACCAUGCCAUAUUACAUCCUGUAAAACUAUGAAAGAGGCACCACAGCUGUGACCAUAUUCCGAAUGGGAUUGCCCUUUACCUUUUGACUGAGCUGCUCAUUACAUUACAUUAAAUUAAUACUUAUUCCAUAGUUCAUGAAUACUACAUUUAAUAGUGGAAUGUUAUUGUUACACAGUAUUUUUUACAAUUACUACUUCAUAUGCAAAAAUCAUAACUAAAAAUUCAAAUGUUGUUUGGCUAUCAGACUUUUAAUGCUAUUAGGUAAAUGAACAAAGAUUUUUGUGGCAGUGUAAUUCACCCCUUUUCAUCCCAAAGUCAGAUAUAACCCACAAUAGUGAAGAUCAUACUUUAUUUUACUGUUAUAGCUAUGCACUUUGCUGUUAUUUUUGAAUUGGGAUGACUUAUUAACAACAAAAAAGUUCAUAAGUGAAUAUUUGUUUAGUGAAGGUUCUGUAAAUAUCCUGAGUUCCUUAAAUAAAGGUCUGCAAGCUGAUCUUAGAUGGAUUGCAGGCAUUAUUCUGAUUUGCACUUAUGUGCGAUGAAUACUUUCUCUCUUAAUGAUGAAUUACCGCAAAAUGUGACAGCAUAUGAAAGCAGUGAAUGAAAAUAGGCAUAGUAAGCUAAUUUACUGGUAUGCUUACCACCAAAAUUUGCAAUAACCCUAAUAGCAUAAGUUCGUAGCCUAAAAACGAG